AUGAGUUUUUCAUUUGGACAAGCGACUACCACUUCGGGAAGUACAUUCGGAGCGAGUACCCCUGCGCAAGGAUCUUUAUUCGGCGGAGGAGAUGCAUCGAAGGCUACAGAUAACAAACCAACAAUAUUCAGUGGAGGAGGAGCAAGUACUCCAGCAUUCGGCGGCUUUGCCUUUGGUGCUAAGACUACAGCUACUACUUCUAACUUGUUUUCAACACCAACGACAAGCAGCACAACAGCAUUCGGUGGAAACAAACCAUUGAAUUUCAGUUUUUCAAGUCCUCCAAAUCAGACAGUUGGUAGCCCUGGCUUUGGAGCACCUGCUAAUCAAAAUGCCAGUGCCAAUCUAUCCUUUGGUGGCAGUACCCCAUUUGGUUCACCAACUACUACUACACAAGCAUCUACAGGUCCAUCUUUUGGUACUCCAUCUACCACUUCUGGUUUUGCUUUUGGUAAGGCUACCACUGGGUUUGGCUUUACAACACCAACAUCUGGCUUUUCUGCACCCCAAACAACUGUUGCAAGUACAACAAGCCAGCCGACUCAGGGCACAACUAGUGGAUUUGGGCAGAGUGCGUUUGGCAGCAAAGGUUUCAGUUUUGGCAAUACUGCAAAUGCUGCCACUGGUGCCACUACAACACCAGCGCCUGCCUUUGGUAGUGUACGAGCACAACCAACAUUAUCCUUCGGCACAACCACAACUCAGCCACAGACAACACAAAAUCCGCCAAGCUUCGGGUUUUCAGCUACACAGCCCGUAAAACAAGAAACCACACAGUCCAGUUUCUUUCAGAACCAACAACUAGCACAAUUAACGUCACAAGCUGGAUCUGCAUUCGGCACUGGAUUUGGAGCACUUCAAACUCAAGCUAGUAUUCAACCUACUGGUUUUACCGGCCAGCCCAGUGGUUUCACCAGUCAGCCAUCUGGUUUUCAGAGUACAGGACUAGGUACUAGUACUGCUUCAGGCCUUAGUCUGGGAAGUAAUACUUCAACAGGAUUAAACUUGGGUUCUACCGUACCCAAUAUGGGAACUUCUGCUGGAACUACCAUAGGUACUAGCACUGGAAUUAACUUAGGCACUAGUGCACCUACACUAGGUACCACAGGAGGCACCAUUAAAACUGGAUUUGCAUUUGGUACAGCCACAUCUAGUGGACCGAGCCUAGGUAAUACUUCCGCAGCACUUAUUUUGGGCGCCAGUACUUCAACGCCAUUUAGUUUGGGUGGUGCCACUUCAAAACCUCUAAGUACAAUUGGCACUGGCACUGCCGUAUCUUCAGGAUUCAGUUUGGCACCUACCACAUCCAGUGGAAUAAAUUUUGGAACAACCACUAGCGGUCUCAGUUUGGGAUCUACUACGUCAACUGGACUUAAUUUAGGAGCUACACCAUCAACUGGGCUAAAAUUGGGGACUACACCAACUGGCCUUAAUUUGGGGACUACACCAACUGGCCUUAAUUUGGGGACUAGUACUGCGCCAGGACUUAAUCUAGGAACAAGUACCCCUCUGGGACUGGGGACUAGUACUUCAGCUGGAAUAAGUUUGGGGACUACUACUUCAACUGGAUUAAAUUUGGGUACUAGUACUUCAUCUGGACUAAUACUCGGAACUAGCACAUCGUCUGGCCUUGGUCUUGGGACUAGUACUGGCCUAGGAUUUACAUCGACAGCCUCAACGCUCAGUUUUGGAAAAACCACAGCUGCUACCACUUCAGUUUCAACCACAACUGUCUCUGGUAUAACAGCUCUUGGUAAAUCGACUGCAUCUACCAUGCCGUCACUUACUACCGCUACAACUACAGUAUCAUCAGCGCCGCCAGCAGCGAUUUCAUCUAUCUCUUUCGCCCAAUUGGAGGAAAACAUUAACAAGUGGACCCUUGAACUUGAAGAACAGGAGAAGACCUUUAUCCACCAAGCCACGCAGAUUAACGCAUGGGAUCGUCUGCUUAUCGCUAAUGGAGAGAAGAUAGUGGAACUGAACGAAGCGGUGGAAACGGUUAAGAACGAACAACAGAGCCUCGAACACGAACUUGACUUUGUGUUAGGACAGCAAAAAGAGUUAGAAGAGUUGUUGGCACCGCUUGAGAAGCAGUUAAGAGAUGAUGGCGAUAGAGUCCGAGAUCCAGAAAGAGAGCACAUGUACACCCUUGCUGAAAAUCUGGACAGCCAAUUGAGACAAAUGUCUGAAGAUUUAAAGGAAGUGAUUGAACACCUCAAUGAGACAAACAGAAGUCAGGACGGCAAUGACCCGAUUGUCCAAAUAGGCCGCAUAUUAAACGCGCACAUGUCUUCUAUGCAAUGGAUAGACAAUUCGAUAGCGCAGAUUUCAACCAAAUUAGAUCACUUAAAAGCAACGCACGACACGCUAAGAAGAGAUAACGAAAGAUCAUUCCAAUUGACUUAUAGCUAA